CUGCGGUAAAUCACUUCCUCCAGCGGGCGUGACAGGUGGCAGGUGGAUGCCGGGUGCUUCCCAGGAGCACUAAGGGCUCUUCUCCGCCGUGGCAUGGCCCGCUUGCCCUGAUAUCAGGAGGAGCUCAAGCCACAGCCUCCUGUCCGCCACAACCGGGGUACAGGGCAACAUGAGCUGGUCGAGACAUGUGGGCAAGAUCCGGAAACGCCUGGAAGAGGUCAAGAGCCAGUGGGUCCGGCCGACCAGGGCCGAUUUCAGCGACAAUGAGAGUGCCCGGCUGGCCACAGACGCCCUCUUGGAUGGGGGGCCCGAGGCCUACUGGCAGGCACUCGGCCAGGAAGGUGAGGUCGACUUCUUGUCCUCGGUGGAGGCCCAGUACAUCCAGGCCCAGGCCAAGGAGCCCUCUUGUGCCCCGGAGCCCCCAGGAGGAAUAGAGGCCAGUCCCCGGGGACUGGACUCCUGCUCCCUGCCAUCAGGAACCUAUUUCCCUGUGGCCUCCGAGGGCAGCGAGCCGACCCUGUUGCACACCUGGGCCUCAGCCCAGAAGCCCUACCUGAAGGAAAAGUCCAGCGCCACCGUGUACUUCCAGGCGGACAAGCACAACAACAUCAGAGACCUCAUUCGCCGCUGCAUCACCCGGACCAGCCAGGUCCUGGCCAUCCUGAUGGAUGUGUUCACGGAUGUGGAGAUCUUCUGUGACAUUCUAGAGGCGGCCAACAAGCGUGGGGUGUUCGUGUGUGUGCUCCUGGACCAGGGAGGUGUGACACUCUUCCAAGAGAUGUGUGACAAAGUCCAGAUCUCUGACUGCCACCUCAAGAACAUCUCCAUCCGGAGUGUGGAAGGAGAGGUGUACUGUGCCAAAUCAGGCCGGAAGUUCGCCGGCCAAAUCCAGGAGAAGUUCAUCAUCUCGGACUGGAGAUAUGUCCUGUCGGGGUCGUACAGCUUCACCUGGCUCUGCGGACACGUCCACCGGAACAUCCUCUCCAAGUUUACGGGCCCGGCGGUGGAGCUGUUCGACGAGGAGUUUCGCCACCUCUAUGCCUCCUCCAAGCCUGUGAUGGGCCCAAAGUCCCCCAGGCUGGUGGCACCCCUGCAGCCCGGAGCAGGCCGCAACCCCCCACCCGGCCGCCUCAGUGGCAGUAGCCGCUCCGCCAGUGACCACACAUCCUCCAACCCCUUCAGCAGCCACUCUACGGGCAGCAACCCCCAGAACCAGAGUCUGUCGGCGUCCUCGGGGCCCAGCAGUCCCCUGGCCCCCAACCCCUCUCUGCCCCUCAGGCUUCAGCCCCACCCUGGCCCGUGGGGGGCCCUGAGCCCACAGGCCCCCUUCUCCCUGAGGCCCCACGACAGCACGCCAGCUCCCUACAGCAACCUCAACGCCUACAGGCCCACGAGGCUGCAGCUGGAGCAGCUGGGCUUGGUGCCCAGGACGGCCCACAUCUGGAGGCCAUUUCUACAAGCCUCCCCUCAUUUCUGAUGGGUCCCUUCCCCCAGCAGCCCUCCAGGGGCGGGGCUGGACAUGCCGGGACUGUCUGGCCCAAGGACCUCCACCUCAAUGACUAGCAGCUUUGAACUUGCUUCUCUUUCAACUAAAAGUGCUCGGACAACA